AUGCACUGCGCUUUCGCGUUCCUCUUACACACUGUGCAAAAAUGGCCAGUGCCAAAUCGCUUAGCUAUAACGUCUAGUUACGGUUCGGAAUCUCGUUACGGUAUUUACCGGCCGAAACCGGGUGUCCUAUUUCCGCAGCCAACUGAGGAUCUCGGGAUUCAAAUGACUGAGAGCCAUGUAUGCGAGCCUGGCACGUAUAUUACGGCAUAUUGCUCAAAAGAGUACAAUCCUCUUGAAAUUUGGGACAGUGUUAUCCAUGGACUCGAUAAAGUCACGGAUAAGUCCCAGCUACAAUUUAGCAAAACUUCUUUCAAUCGAAACAAAUGUCUGGAAUCCAUUCAUUUGUUACCUUCAACCUCGACGGAACCAAAUAGAUUUUACCUCUCAGACAUAAUCCUUGAGAAGAUAUGCACUGAAGAAGAUAUUGCCCACUUAGCCUACCAUGAGAAACUGUCAGUAGAAGGAAAUUUCGGCACCUUUUUCUCGUCGCAAACUUCUGCCGGGCCAAGAGUUGUGGCAGAUCGAGCAGUGUCGAUGCGAAAUAUUGUUCUAAACGGAGAGAUCUUCAAGAGAAUCGAAGACGCAGGAUUAGAGAUGGCACUUGCUUGGUACCAAGGUCAUUUGCACAUUUUUAGUAGAUAUAAUCUCAGGAAAUAUUGGUGUUUAGUCACUAGCAUAGAUGAUGUCUCGAAAAAUGGUGCUCACAUCAGCAGGUAUGCAGUCUCCUACUUAAAUCUCUUACAAAAUACACUACAUAUUCCUAAAACUAUAGCCACACCAAAUAAUUUUUUAACAAUAAAAUUAUUACCAUUACUCAAUCAAAUCAGAGAUAUUUGCACGUAUUUCGAUCGCAAUUCAAAGAGAAUUGAUCCAAGCAAGCUUGUACCUCGAAUUACCAUGGAGAAUCUUGGCGGAGUCUCUCAAUGUAAACAAGGCUCUCAGCCAUAA